CAGACAUAUCGAAUCGAUUUCUUUUUGCGCCAGAAUACUUUCAGAACGGGAGAGGAUGAGCAAUGUUGUCACUGGCGCGGGCAGCCCGAACCCAGUAUACACUGGGACCUGCAAUGAUCAGAAGNCCAGAAUACUUUCAGAACGGGAGAGGAUGAGCAAUGUUGUCACUGGCGCGGGCAGCCCGAACCCAGUAUACACUGGGACCUGCAAUGAUCAGAAGGAAAAUAAUGCUAGCAUGCAGCAAACUGCACUGCAUAUUUCCAACGCUGCGGAUCAAACAUCACUUUCUCUUUCCAAUCGAGGAUUGGAAACGAUCGAUCUGGAACGAUGUAUAGUUGGCAGUACUCUCCAGUCUUAUCCACAGCURUCGACUCUACAGACAUCGYUACUGCCAAUGUUUCCACCAUCGAUGCGUUCGAUCGUCCGGUUGGAUCUGAGCCGCAACAAUCUUAACUCUUUGCCGAAAGAAAUAUUCGGAGGAUCGCUGGAAUUCCUAAACGUGGGUCGGAAUAAACUCAAAGAACUGCCGCCCGAAAUUGGCAACUGCAAGUGUUUGAAAGAGAUAAUUGCUCUGUCGAACAAUCUCCGGUGGAGUGGCUUCCCUGUUGAUUCGAUAUCAUCGCUGCCGUUCCUAGAGGUUUUGGAUCUGAGAUGGAACAAAAAGAUGAACAGCCAAUCGACGCGAAAACGACUUCUGGAACUCUUUCAACGAGCCGACCACAAAGACCAACAGAAACUUGUGAACGUAAUUUUGUCUUCAAAGAACGACGAYAGCUCCGGCUUGGACACAACCACUCUUCCGAAAAAGCUAUCGGCCUGUGAUCGGGAUGYGAACGAGCURCGAUCACAACUAGAACCACUGAGCACACCCCAGUUGCGUAAGCGCCUUUUCCGGACGUUCGACGUAAAAUUCGACGACCAUGAUGAGAGUUCAUACGAUCGCGAAGUCUUGAUGCAACGGUUGUUGUCGUGCUACAGGAGUAUUAGCGGUUGUGAAAAGAACGUGCAUCCCCUGUGGAUGAGGUCUGUUCGGCACGAAUCCGGAGUGGCAUUGGAUCCAGCGUUAGUGAAAGAACUCGUACAAGAGAUGGAGGCKAUACGCUGGCCUCGAACGACAAGAGAGCGGCCCAAGAUUUCCGCUGAAGGGUACGUGAUUCUACAAAGACCAUUACCAUCGGCUUCAACCACAAAUAGGACCACCGCCGGGGCAGAAAUAGAUCCUUUAUCGCAAAAAGCAAGCAACAAGGCCAAGCGAGAAGCCGAGAAACUAAAACGGUUCAUGGGCAUUUGGACCAAAGCCUUGGAAGCCAUCGAAACGGUCGACAAGAUCUUCGCACAGCAGUUUACUGCCCUGGCCGUCACAAUGAAUUUCAGGGGUAGUCCCCAUAUUGAUACCCUAAACAUCGCACCCUUUUAUGGUUUGGCCCUAGGAGACUUCACCGGCGGUGGAAAAUUGUGCGUGGAGUGUUCGGCAACGGAGGUGGCGGAAAUUGACACCCGGGGGAGAUUGGCAAAGGUCGACGGGCGGUUCUGCCACUGGGUAUCGGAUUACGAAGGAACGAGAUAUUCCUUGAUUUAUUACGUAACGCACGGAGACGUCGUUCCGCAAACCACUGCGAUUUUUCGACCUCCCCGUGCCGGGGACGGCGGCGAGGACGGGGACGACGCCAUUCCGUGGGUGCCACCUCCUUCGCAUGUGGCGUGACAAGGAGAUCUGUAGCRCYAAUGAAACACUAGCAUACCU